AAAACUCUGAACUCAAAAAAGAACCUUAAACGCUGGUUUAGUAUAUGUUCCGUUUGUUGCUGCCUCAACUCACUCAACACAGAGUAAAUUCUCCGCAUUUGCACUCAGGUAAAAGUUUUCAAAAUGCGCAAUUUUGACGUUCAAAGGAAAGUCGCGUGAUGAUAAAAAGUCGCGCGGGGGUGCUUGGGGUGGUUUUGACAAAGUCGGCUAAACAAAACUACCCCAAGCACCACCGCGCGCUCGCCUUUUUCUAGCUGACCUCUAUACAAUAACUGAAUGCAACGUUAUAUAUUUCACUAUUAAAACGUCUGGGUACGACGCUGGAAAGGUAUCGAGUUGCAUACCUUAGAUUCAAAUAACAUCCCACAUGUCGUAAAAUUGCAAGUUUGCAACACAGCGACCGAGGUUUUGAAAGCUUGACAACUGACAAGCGACAGUUGCAUGUCCCUGUAUCCUUCUAACAGACCUUAAAGAAUGUCUUCUGAGAAAACGCCGGCCGCUGGGAGCCCAGAAAUACAACUUUAUAAGCAAAGAGCAUCCAAAUUUUAUACAAAGCAUGGUCGACUUCAUGGUCUGAAUUUUAAACCGCGACCAGACGAUGUGUUCGUUGUUACUCCACCAAAAUGUGGUACAACAUGGAUGCAACAGAUCUUACACCAGCUACGAAGUGGUGGAGAUAUGUCAUUUGAUGAAAUCACUGAUGUUGUUCCUUAUUUAGAAGCUGCUUAUGAUACAGAGAGAGACCUUGAAGCUGAGCACAACUUUCAACCUCGAUGUUACAAGACCCACGCUUGGUAUCCCGACUGUCCCAAAGGUGCUAAAUACAUUGUCAUCUACCGUGAACCAUGUGCUUCUUUCAGUAGUUUCUACAACUUCCUCAAAGGCUGGUUUUUUCAACCUGGAGAGAUUUCCCUCCAAGAAUUUGUGAAAGAAAUUGAGCUUGCUCGAGGAGAACCAAAAAGCAAAAUGGAGAGCGCCUCAUAUUUUGUUCACUUGAUGAGCUGGUGGGAACACAGGAACGAUCCAAACGUUUUGUUUUUGUUCUUCGAGGACAUGAAAGACGACUUGGAGAGCGCAGUCAGAAAGGUUGCAUCGUUCAUAGGAAUUGAAGACGACGAAAGAAUUAAAAAGGCUGUUGAAAUGAGUUCCUUUGAAUUCAUGAAGAGCAACGAGAGGAAGUUUUCAGAGUACCGCACAGCAAAAUAUCGGAAUAAAUUUUGUGGUAUACCAGACGAUGUGGUGCCGAGCAAGGUCGUCACAGGAUCUGCGACUAAAGGACGAGAAAUGAUGGAUGAGAAGACCAAAGAAAUGAUUCACGCAAAGUGGAAUGAGGUGGUUUGGAAACAGAUUGGAUUUCAAGAUUACCAACAGCUGAGAAAUGCAUUCAAGAAGCAAAACGAAAAUGAAUGAAUGAAUGAACUAAAUGGAAUAACAUCUAAUUAGAAACAUUAUAUUUUAUCUCAGCAAACCGUAAAAUGAAAUAAUUCUCGACAUUUGUAACAAAUAAUUGGCAGACAU